AAACAAUAGUAACAACGGCAAAGUAAAUAAUUUCUUUGGAACAGCAACAAUAAACUAUUUUUUUCUUUAAAAGAGACGUUAGAUACUUUUAAAGCAACUGACAACCGCCAAAGAUUAUGCAGCACAAACAUUAAGACACCGAACAAAUCUGUGAAAUCUUUAAAUGACGAUUUUUGCAAAUAUGGCAUUAUUAGCAAUGGACAAACAAUAUUUAAAAGUCAACGAUAAUAAGUAUAUUGGCGAUAAACAAAAACAACGCUCCGAACGGGCUUCGAGCUUAGCUUUGCCUCACAGCUCUUUGUUAGAUUUCUAUGACAAACAGCAAGAGCAGUGUAAUUCUGUUGCAUUACUGCCAGUUAGUACUAACAUGGUUGUAAGACGACACUCAUCUCAUUAUUAUCCAAUGUUAGAGAAUGAAAAUCAACAGCAACAAUCUCAUCAUCAACAACAGCAACAGCAAAAACAACGUGUAUCUCAACCGAAAUUGUUACAACAGCAACAGCAACAGCAAAAUUUCGCUGACACUAAUAUCAUAAUGAAAACUGAUUCCGGUAGUGCUUCGUCUAAUGUUGACAACAUGAAAAGCUUAAUGUCAUCCAUAAGAGACAUGAAUGAAACAUUGAGGGAUGGAAAAUUGCAAAACAUACAACCAUUGCAUCCACCAUCAUCACCGCAAAUGACAGCACCAUUUAGUUUGCAACAGCAGCAACAUCGCCGAUUGCAGCAACAGGUAAACUCAUUGAAUUCAACUUCGACAGCGGCUCCCAAGCGUUCUACAAAAAAAUCUUCAGAGUCACAACAAAAACAUCAGCAGCAAAAUCAAAUGCAGAAUCAAGGAGCUUUAGCUACACCCCCACCUAUACCGAAGAGAACAUUUCGUAAUAAAUUUACUUGGAACACAGUGAAUAACACACCUGCUAGGGGUACGAGAGGAUCACCCACUCCUCCAUCUUCUGCAGCAUCUAUAAGUCAAACACCAACUAAAGGUAAACAACAAAUGGUAACAGGUACUGCUUUCAUUUAUCCACAGAACGUGCAACAUUUGCCAACAGCAAGUUUUGAUAUGAACACAACAACAAAUACGGGAUCCGUUUCACCACUAUAUGUCGAUUUAAGGUCACGUUCUCAUUUUUCCGAAGGCGUUGUGCAUACCAGUGGAAGUGGUUAUGAUACGAGUGGUGCUUCAGAUGAUGAUCGUAUGAGCUUGGAAAAUUCAGUUUUCGAGGAGUCGUUAAAUUCAACUCCUGUUAAAAUAUCCCAAGGCAAACAGCUGAGUGCAACAUUGGCAGCAAAGACUCUGGCUGCCUUUAAUGGAGAUGUUAGUAAUGCUCAUAAGAGAUCUAACCGUUCAUCGAGCAGUACAGUUGAUUCGAGUAUAACAUCUUCUGGUUAUGGCUCAUCUUCGCAUAGUGAACGCUUGGCUUCGACCUCCACAACCGCUGAUUUUCGCAGUCGCUUUUCUAGUGUAGAUACUCAAUCGUCAGUGGACAGUUGUCUCACGGAAAGAACGUCUGCUGAUUCUCCAUUAAUUAAGGAAAUGCCUUAUAAAACGGAGCGUCAACACAAUAUGAUGAAUGAUGUUCUUCAUACUUUGAACAACAAUGAAAUGAAUUCGGAUUUCAUGUCGCAAGGAAGUAAUGUUUUAGGGAAUAAUAACAACAAUAGCACUACAUUUAAGGCAUCGUCUGUCCCAAGUGUUCCUGCACGUGGCGGACAACGUAAAAAUAAUCAAGAGGCAUCACAAUUUAAUUCUCAGAGUCACUCGCAACAAUCACUCAACAAUAGCAUCGAUUCGAGCAACAAGGCUUCCUCGACCGUUCCAAAUUCAACAUCGACUUCAUCGACUGCUUCAGCGGGUUCAAGCAUAUCUACUGGUUCUUCAAUGUCAAUUUCAGCAUCAGGCUCGGGUAAUUCCCCACUAGCUUCUCAGCCCCAACAACCAAAUUUGCCGUAUCAGAAACGUCCACCUAUACCUCCAGCAAGAGUACAAAACUUUGAAAUGCAGGAUUCGGUGAGCACUAAAAAUUACUCGCAACAGCCAGCACUAACUAUUCGCAACCAGUUGAAUCGUAGCAAGCGCCCACCUCCAAUACAGUAUCCUAAGCUACACCAAAGACAGGAUUCGAACUUGUCUAGUGAUAGUUUUUCGGCCACAUCGAGUCCUGGAUAUAAUUCGAAAAAUCUUAUGGAUGCUCCUCUACUUCAAAAUGCGUCGCGCAUUAACAGAAGUAGUGCAGCGAAAUCGGCAAUGCGGCAUCAGGACUCAAACGAUAGCUUUGUUUUGUCCUCAACUAGGUUUGGAAGUUCUGGCCCGGCAGUGCCUCCGCGACAUAAGUUUAAUUUUCGCCAAGAUUCUACAAUAUCGAGUGAUAGUUUUAGUCAAACAUCAAGUCCAGGUUAUAAUACCAAAAUUAUGGAGGCCCCCUUAUUGCCUUCAUUAUCAGUUAAACGGUUGUGCAACGUUUCUACUCCCAUUAAUAUUAAGCAAAAAUUCCAAAAUGAAACUAUCGAUGAAUUGGAUAAUAAUGUUCCCUUGUCCCCAAUACCGAAAUGCGUUUCAACACCAGCUAGUCUGCAAACUAUAGUGAGAUUUCAGAAUGGUGCUCCCAAUACCAUGUCAUUGUCUCAUCAGAUUGUAAGCCGACGAAAAAGUUCAAAUCCCUAUAUAACGAAUGGACGUUUAAAGUUUCGCUUAUUUCAAAUUCUUGUUAAUGCUUUGGCGUUGCUGGCGAUUGCAGGCGGUUUGGCCGCAUACUUUAAUGCCUAUCCGACUAUAAAGUUUGUAAAUAAAACCAUAAUUAAUACGGUUCAUGUUGAGGAUCCUAUGAAUUAUGGUAAAAACCCGGCGCCCGGAACAUGUCUGCCAAUUAUAGUAAAAUUUUGCCAAGGUCCUCAAAUUCCCUACAAUUUUACGGUAUUUCCAAACUAUAUUGGACACUUUGGUCAACUGGAAACGCAAGUGGAUAUGGAUGCUUACGAAGCUUUGGUUGAUGUACGAUGUUAUGAAUUAGUGUCUUUAUUUCUGUGCACUCUUUUUGUUCCGAAAUGUGGAAAUACCGGAGCCACUGUACCGCCUUGCAAAUCCUUAUGCACUGAAACAAUGAGACGUUGUGGAUUUUUCUUUGAUGUUUUUGGUUUAAGCUUGCCAGAGUACCUGAAUUGUAAACUAUUUAAGGAUUUCGAGAGUCCCGAUGAUUGCGUUGGAUUUGAACAAGUGCAAAAUGUUAUGAUUGCUUCAGCAAAUCCCAAAUGUGAUGGUUUUUUAUGCGAUAACAACCGCUGCAUACCGCACGAAUAUGUGUGCGACGGCAAUCUGGACUGUAUGGAUCAGGCUGAUGAAAAUAAAUGUGAAAUCUGUCCUAAAAAUCAAUUAUUCUGCGGCAAUGGCAAAUGUGUAACUAAUGAUCACAUAUGCAAUGGAGUGAUGGAUUGUCCUUAUGGACAAGAUGAAAAGAAUUGCAUUCGACUAAGCGAAAGAAAUGGUGAUUUGGGCAAAGGAGUUUUAGAGGUUUACCGCAUCAAUAAUCAGGAAUGGACACCGGCAUGUGUUAAGAAUUGGGAUCGAGCCGUCUCACCAUCAGCUGUUUGCUCUAUGUUGGGUUACAGUGCUGUGAAUGCCACUAGUGUUAUAACUAAGAAAACCCAUAGACCUUUGCUUACUUCAGUCAAUGUUUCUACAGAUAUUUGGAAAAUGUAUUCCAAAAAGAAAUCGAAUUUGAUGAAAGAGUUUUCCAACUGCACUAAAGAUGAAGACUAUCCCAUAGCUGAACUGACUUGCUCCAAUUUUGAAUGUGGUAAAGUUAGAAAGCCCAAACGUAAAUUAUCGCGACGCAUAAUUGGAGGAGCCAAAGCACAUCCAGGAUCUUGGCCCUUCUUAGUGGCCAUUUUAGGUGGUCCCGAAAAGAUAUUUUACUGUGCUGGUGUUUUAAUAUCUGAUCAAUGGGUUCUAACUGCGUCACAUUGUAUUGGAAACCAUACUAUAAUUGAUCUGGAAGAUUGGACGAUACAAUUAGGUGUAACGCGUCGUAAUUCCUACACGUAUUCAAGUCAAGAAGUUAAAGUCAAGCUUGUAAUACCCCAUCCAUUGUAUAACACUCUUAUUACGCAUGACAACGAUAUUGCUCUAUUUAAACUUGCUGUACGUGUAGUAUUUCAUGAGUAUUUAAGUCCAGUUUGCUUACCACCGCAAACUAUGAAAGAACUGAAACCUGAUAUGAUGUGUACCGUGAUUGGUUGGGGAAAAAGGCGAGAUAAAGAUCCUACAGCGACAUACGAACCCAUAGUAAAUGAGGUACAGGUUCCUAUAAUUCGACGUCAACAGUGCGAUGAAUGGUUGGAUAAUUUAACGGUGUCUGAUGGAAUGAUUUGUGCGGGUUAUGAAGAUGGUGGUAAAGAUGCUUGUCAGGGGGAUUCUGGUGGUCCACUACUUUGCCCAUAUCCAGGCGAAAAGGAUAGAUGGUUCGUUGGCGGAAUCGUAUCUUGGGGCAUCAUGUGUGCUCAUCCUAAAUUACCUGGGGUUUAUGCUAAUGUCAUCAAAUAUCUGCCCUGGAUCAACGAACAGAUACAAAAACACUCUCAAGAAGAAAGUUACUCAAAAUACGAUGCUCAUCCUGGUGGACCUGAUAUACUCUCCAAUCUAGCAACAGUAUCGCUUAAGAGUAAACAAACCUAUAAUAUGAACAAUCGAAAUCCAACGGAUACAGAGUAUUACGAGAGUGAAGAGAAAAAGCCCAACGGUGAAUAGAGAAAUUCAAUAAACACGGACAAGAAACUAUAAACAAGGAGAGUGAGAAAGUAAAUGUUUAUUUUAAAGAAAUUACAUGAAAAAUUAUUUAUUUUUAUGGACAAUAAUACUUAACAAUAUAAAGCAAAAUAAUUCUAACUAAAAACACAUACAUAUUACAAACAUUUAUACUUCAAAAGAAGCAAACAAAACAAAACAGACAAAUAGAUAUUUUUGCUACUGGUAAAUUACGUUUUACUUACACUGAUAACGAAAAUAUAUCAAAAAUUGUCAAUUUUUUAUUACAAGAA